CAUCCUUCUUCAUCCUAGGAACACAUGGCUUCUGCAAUUGUCGCAAGUCCAAAGUUCAACUCUUCAUCAUCCAAGCUGGCCUAGUAUGAUUGGCUCACCAACACCACCGGCGCGGUAAGAUGCUGUGAAAUGGCAUGAACUUAUAGAAGAUUGACAAGAUUGUGAGACGAAGAUGGCUUCGACUAACGACGCCGUAACCACUGCCCCGCAGCAGCAGAGACACAAGCUCGCAGAGUCGGCCGACUAUCCUAGAUGGAAUGCUGAAUUGAUCGAGGCUCUGCGGGCGAGGGACUUGCUCCCGUACGUUAUGGCAAGCGUACUAGAGCCCGCCGGCGAUGAGAAUUCUCCCGCUCGUCUACGUUGGCGAAAGAAUCGUCUUACCGUCCUGCUCAUGAUGAAGCGCUCAUUAUCGACUGAGAUGAAGAGUAAAUUGGCCAGCGCCGGAUGGGACUCUGCACACAACAGAGACCCAAAGAAGAUGUACGAUAUGAUCCGUAAGGUCUCCCAGGAUGAGGAGAACAACGUAUUAUCCCAAUCUCUAUCGCCUUUUGGAUCAAUUGCUACCAUGGAUGACCUUGAGAAAGAGAUCGAAUUGAUAGAGUAUGAAGAUGGCGAGGAAGAUUGGACUUCAAUCGAUGUACCAUCUAAGUCACCCCCGGUAGAAUCGAUCCAGGACCGUAUUGUGCGUGUGACGAAUGAUCUACGGGACUUAACAGCAUACUACGACAUCGACGGCUCGGCGUCGCGGAAUGGGAGGCUGGAGGUGUUCUUCCGGGACGAGCUCGCGGAUCUCGAGAGACAACCAUUCGACUCGUACUCAUCGCAGGACGAUAGAGUUGACCAUUUAUUGCUGCGCAAUUAUAUGCGACGCGCACGGCGCACGCUCGAGCUCGAUAAGGCCCGAGAUGCCAAGUUCGCAGCUUUUGUCGAGCCGUUUGCCGCCCCCAUCACAGCUUGGUGCGAGCAACGCCGGCGCGUCGAGUCGAUUGAUCCCAAGGAUUUCGCUAACAGCCUCAACGCAACGGAAAAGCUUAUACUACAGGCACGCGACCAUAUCAGCCACAAUUCCAGCAAAUAUUCAAAGGCUACCGGCUAUCGCGCUUCUCGCAGGGUGGCCGACCUACGCAGCAAGCUCGCAGAAACGUACGCCUUCUACAAGGAUUACGACCCCCAGUUCGAUUGGUGGGUAACUGAGCCAUACAAACGACUCGACGCCGCUCUUACAAAAACGGUCGAAUUCCUACGCGAGGUCCUAGUGGGUGUCAAGCCCGGCGACGAGGACACCAUCGUCGGAGAGCCUAUCGGCCGAGAUGGGCUCCUGACCGACCUCGAGGCCGAAAUGAUACCCUACGCUCCCGAAGAACUACUCCGCAUCGCCGAGAAGGAAUACGCGUGGUGCGAGGCCGAAAUGGUAAAAGCAUCCGAACAACUCGGCUUCGGGGACGACUGGCGCGCCGCCCUCGAGCAUGUGAAGAACCUGUACGAACCGCCGGGCGCAUACCCAGCCUUCAUCCGGUCGCUCGUCAACGAGGGCGCGGCCUACGUCAAGAAGCACGACCUCGUGAGCGUGCCGCGCGUGGCCGAGGAAGCGAUCCGCAUGACGAUGAUCACGGCGGCGGAGCAGAAGGUGUCGCCCUUCUUCCUCGGCGGCACCUGGAUGCAGAUGUCGUACCCGACGCGCGCGAUGGCGCACGAGUCCAAGCUCAUGUCGCUGCGCGGCAACAACCGCCCCUUCGCGCGCGCCACCGCCUUCCACGAGAUGAUCCCCGGACACCACCUCCAGGUCUUCGUCGGCGAGCGCCACCGCCACUACCGCCUGCCCCUCUUCGACACCCCCUUCUACGUCGAGGGCUGGGCCCUCUACUGGGAGAUGCUGCUCUGGGACCGCGGCGACUUCUUCGUCACGCCCGAGGAUAAGAUUGGUUCGCUCUUCUGGCGCAUGCACCGCUGCGCGCGGAUCUUGUUCUCGGUAAGGUUCCACUUGGGGCAGUUAAGUGCGGAGCAGUGUGUCGAUUUGCUGGUCAAGAGGGUGGGGCAUGAAAGGGCUACGGCGGAGGGCGAGGUGCGACGGAGUUUAGGGGGCGAGUACUCGCCUCUGUAUCAGGCUGGGUAUAUGCUAGGCGCGCUGCAGCUGAUGGGCUUGCGCAAGGAGGCGGUUGGGAAGGGGUAUGGUAGGAUACGGGAGAAGGACUUCCAUGACCGGGUGCUGAGGGCGAACGUCAUGCCUAUCGAGAUGCUGAGAGCGCUGAUUUUGGAUAAGGAACUUAAGAAGGACUUUAAAUCCGAGUGGAGGUUUUAUGAUGAUAAGCUAUGAUGGGAAGGUUGGACGGGAUAUGUUUGGUUCGUGUAUACAUAGUUGUGGCUUGCUAUUUUUACCGUGGGCCAGUUGAUGAUAUUUAGGUACGUUGCUUGGUUUACGGAUUAUGGUUUAUGAAUAUUGAAUUAAACAACACAUUGGGAUGAACUUCUCCUGGCUGUCAAGAUUGGUUGAAGUGUGUGAGAUGAGCUGAGGUGAUGGUCUUAGAUCGAAUUCCAGUCGCAUAUGAUCUGCUAGGAGCCUGCAUGGAGAAAUGAAUAUGUUGUUUAGCCUCUGUAGAUGGUCCAUAAGGUCCCGAGUUUGUCAAAGCAACCAGCUUUGUUCCUAAAAUGGUUCAUUUGCCUUUACUACCUACGUAUGUGUCACUAGAAUAAUAUCCCCUUAGAUAGAAGCCACAGAAUCAAGACCGUACC